CGAGCUUGUGAAUCUUUAAUUUCCUUUUUCAUGAGAGAGUUAUGCUUUUCGUACUUUUAUGCAUGAAAACAGUGGACUCCUCCCAGCCUAGCUAGCUAGCUAUAUCUUUUUUAGUUGAUUAAUUUAAUUUGUUGGAUGGAUGGAUGGAUGGAUGGAUGGAAAGAUAUCAUAUAGCAGCUAGCUUCUUCUUCUUCUUCAUCUUAAUUUUCAUUUCUGUUGUUCAAGCAGUACACUUAAUUUGAUUGAUGAUGAUGAAUAAUAUUAUUGCUGCUGCUUCCUUGAUGAUCAUCCUUCAUCAUUGUCCAACCAUGAAAUUCGAUCUCAUCAUGUCCAUGAUAUUUUUUUGUAAUACCGCCCAUAAUAAUAAUUACAAUGUUUUAAAAUCUACUGAGUCUCACUCUAUAUGCCCUUAUUUCCUCAAAAACUCAAUCCAUACUCCCUCGUGAUUAUUGAUCGAUCGAGUAUAUAUGUACGUAACUAAUUUGCCUUGUUUUAAAUUUAUUUGUUUAAUUUCUUGAUUGAUUUUGAUUUGUUUUUCAUAGCUUUGUUUAUAUUUACGAAAAUUAAAGGCUGGUUCAUUAAUAUAAAUUCAAUCAGAGAGAGAGAGAGAGUUCGAAAAUGGGUAUUUCUACUUGUUUCAAGAUGAUGAUCCAUGGAUCAAAGAAAAAGGAGAAAUUACCACCCAUUCCGUACCCAUCGUCUUCUUCCUCAAAAUCCCCAUGGAAAACUGAGAUGGAAAACAUGGAGAGAAAAAGAUUUGACAGUCUGGAAUCAUGGUCAAUGAUUUUGGAUUCAGAGAACGUGGAGGCGUGGGAAGUGGCCAAGGAAGAUCAAGAAGAGUGGACGGCGGAUCUUUCACAGCUGUUCAUAGGGAACAAGUUUGCUUCGGGGGCUCAUAGCAGGAUUUAUAGAGGGAUUUACAAGCAGAGGGCCGUGGCUGUGAAGAUGGUCAGGAUCCCAACUCAUAAAGACGAGACACGAGCCAUGCUUGAACAGCAGUUCAAAUCAGAAGUUGCUUUGCUUUCUAGACUCUAUCAUCCAAACAUAGUCCAGUUCAUCGCGGCUUGUAAAAAACCUCCCGUGUAUUGCAUCAUAACAGAGUACAUGUCACAAGGAACCCUCAGAAUGUACUUAAACAAAAAAGAACCAUACUCGCUUUCAACGGAGACCGUCCUGAGGCUUGCCCUGGACAUAUCACGAGGGAUGGAAUACCUUCAUUCUCAAGGGGUGGUCCAUCGGGACCUCAAGUCAAACAACCUGCUUCUUAACGACGAAAUGAGAGUCAAGGUUGCUGAUUUCGGGACAUCCUGCCUAGAGACCCAGACCCAAGAAUCCAAAGGAAACAUGGGGACUUAUCGUUGGAUGGCUCCUGAGAUGGUCAAGGAGAAACCUUAUACUCGAAAAGUCGAUGUCUAUAGUUUUGGGAUCGUCUUAUGGGAGCUUACCACUGCUUUGCUCCCCUUUCAAGGAAUGACUCCGGUGCAAGCUGCAUUUGCUGUCGCCGAAAAGAAUGAACGACCGCCGCUUCCUGCAAGCUGCCAACCUGCCCUUGCCCACCUCAUCAAACGAUGUUGGGCAGCAGAAGCCUCAAAACGACCAGAUUUUACAGAGAUCGUGCAAGCUUUGGAGAAAUACGACGAAUGUGUUAGAGAAGGCCUCCCAUUGACGACUCUUCACCACUCAGGCCUCAAUAUUAGCAAAAACCUAUUUCUUGAUCGUUUGAUGAAAUCAUGUUGCAUGCCUCUCAACUCUUCUGAUUCAAUACAUGUACAUGCCUAAUUUAUAUGUCCUUCCUUCCUCCCAUUAAUUAAUUAAUUUUACGUGUUCUUA